GGAGUGUGCCGGAGCAGGGGUCGCCAAGGGAGGAGCUGGAGACCAGGAUGCAGCCUUUCGCCGUCCCUGAGCCCAGGCGGCCCCUGCCACCGACGUUGGCCAGGUGCACGAGGACGCCCUCAGGGAGCUCCUGGGCGGCGCCCGCGCGGCGCACCCGACGGUGUGGGGGCCCCAGGCGUGGAGCCUGCUCCACUGCCUGGCGGGGAGCCUGCCCGCGCACGUGCCGGCGCAGACGCAGCGCAGGCUCGAGACGCUGGUGGCGUCGCUGCCCGAGAUGCUGCCGUGCGGGCAGUGCGGCAGAGACCUGCAGACGCACUUGGCGCAGCACCCUACGGCGCCGCACCUGGAGACCCGUGAGGGCGCCGUCCGGUGGAUGAUUGACCUGCACAACCUGGUGAACAAGGAGGCGGGCAAGCCGGUGCUCUCCUACGAGGACGCCCUGAGGGCCACCCGCAGGCACACCUGCGGCACCCCCGCGCAGCUGCAGCAUGCGCCAAAGCCGCCGCAGAGCCCCGCCACCGUGGAGGCACAGGAGGCGGCGCCCCCCGCCAGUGCCAGCCGGGGGCGCGGCGCCCGUCGGCGCCAGCAGGGCCCGUUCGGCGACCCGAAGCUGGGAGCAGAGGAGCUGAAGGGGAAGCUCGCCCACGCGCGGGAGCUGCUGGCGAAGAUGGGCAGUGCCGCGGGCGGCGGCGCGAGGCCUGCCGAGCGCGGCGAUGCCCCGCGCCGGCAGGGCCCUGGGCCGGCUGGGGCCAAGGACCUGCUAGGGAAGCUCGGCGGCGCCAAGGAUCUGCUGGCGAAGCUGGGUGGCGCGGCCGGAGAGGAGGGGAAGCUCGGCGGCGCCCAGGACCUGCUAGGGAAGCUCGGCGGCGCUGGGGACCUGCUGGCGAAGCUGGGCGGCGCGGCCGAGGUGGAGGGGAAGCUCGGCGGCGCCCAGGACCUGCUGGCAAAGCUCGGCGGCGCGGCCAGGGACGAGCGCGGCGCGGUGGCGUCGCGCCGCCAUGGGUCCGGUGGAGCGGCGGGCGGGGAGCUGCUGGGGAAGCUGCAGGGGGCCAAGGGCCUGCUGGGGAGGCUCCACCAGAGGGCGCCGCCGCGGGCCAAUGCCGCAGAGGAGGGGCCCGGGGCUCCGGCGGGCGCGGACCUUCUGGAGAGGCUGCUGGGCGGCGGCGCCCUGCAGGCAGCAGCCGCCCCUGCCGGUGGGGCGCGGCGGCGCGCGGCCGCCGAGCGCAGCCCAGACCGGGUGAAGAAGCUCGUCGACGACGCGCUGCCGGAGCUGCUCAAGGUGCUUGAGGGCAGCAGCGGCGAGGACCUGCAGGCGCUGGCCGCCAGCAUGCCGCAGGACGUGGUCAAGGAGGCGUUGUCCGUGCCCGCCGUGCGGGAUGUCGUGGGGAAGGCCCUUGGCGGCCGCCACCGGGGAGCCCACAGGGCACCACACGGCAAUGCGCACCCGGACACGCAGGAGUGAGGCGUCGACGCGCGCGGGCCAACCGCGCGCGGCGAGCUCGCAGACCGUUCAACUCGUUGUGUUUUACCCGGAAUGCAUGAGUGCAGCAGCUUGGACGUUCUCGCAGAUGAGCUUCUUCUCGUGCUGCUCCUCGUGGCGCUGCCUCUGCGAGCAAGCCAGCCCUGCUGGGCGCGCUUUCUCUCUGUGGCCCAGCGCCCAUGCCAGCUCACCGUUGGAAGCACGGGGAAGCCAUGCGUUCUGCAUCACCGAGGCCGGUCGCGAGGUUCUUCUGCCUGUGUCGCCCAGGGUGCCCUGCGCUGCUCGAGUUCCGAGAAAGGCUGCCUGCAGGCGCAAGAGGGCUCUGGAGGCCGCAGGUGCCGGCGUGCAGAGCGCAGUCCGGAGCGCAGUGCCCGGGGGCUGCCGGCACGGCUCUUCCCUCUGCCGGCGACGCGGCGC